AGUGCGACGGGAGAGACCGCUCAAUUUUGAAUUUCGUGUUCUUGCUAACGUGUUUGUGGAAGAGGAAGGUAACCUUUUGAGAUCAGGAAGAGCGGAUGGAGGAGGAGGCAUCGAUCGCAGCAGCAGAGGUGGAGUUGGUGGUGGCGGAUGUAGACCCGGAGACGGCAUUCUUGCAGAAGCAGCGGCGGCGGCUGCGAGAGGCGGAGGUGGAGGAUGGAAGCGCAGUGGCGACGGGUGGGUUUGAGUGGGAGGUGUACAAGGAGAAUGUCCGACCUUUGAAGCGCGGCCGCAACGUGAAGCUCCUCAACCACGCCCUCCGAUCCCAGGCCGACCGGCACCUCAAGGCCUCCCUCCUCGGCACCCGCAGGAGGAUGAUAGAGGCCAUCGAUGAGUAUCAGGGCGAGGAUCCUCUUCAGCCGUGGCUUGAGUGCAUAAAAUGGGUUCAAGAAUCAUUUCCCACCGGAGGAGAGUGCUCCGGGUUGGUCGUGAUGUACGAGCAAUGCGUGCGCACCUUUUGGCAUGACGAGCGUUAUCGGGAGGACUUGCGUUACCUCAAAGUGUGGCUGGAAUAUGCCGACCACUGUGCUGAUGCUGAAGUGAUAUUCCAAUUCCUGGAUGCAAAUCAGAUCGGACAAAACCAUUCAAUCUUCUACACGUCCUAUGCCAUGCACCUGGAGGCAAAGAACAGGUUGAGAAAGGCUGACGACGUCCUCAAUCUCGGUUUGUCUAGGAAGGCAACACCACGGGAGAAAUUAGAAGCUGCAUACAGGGAAUUUCUCAUCCGUUCAUCACGAAAAAAGCAUGGCAAUGAGGACGAUCUGCUAGAUAAUCCCUUGCCAAUGCGGAGUUUUGGAACUGUUUUAACUUCAGCAGAAUCAAGAAGACAGACAGCAGAAAAUUUGGUCUUUUCUAAAAGGAUGGCCACUCUACAGAGGGUUGAUACCAAUAAGCACCUAUCUGUGUACAAGGAUGCAAAUUCUGGGACAAAUUAUCACCUCCCGAACUUAAAGAAAAAUGAAAUGCCAUGGAAUACUUUAGGAUGCCGGUCUGAUCGAAAUAAGGAAAAUGCUUCAAUUCCAACCAAAUGGUCAUCAUAUAAGAUCCCUCAAAAAAUAGGACACAGUGCAGGUUCAGCAACAUCAAGUGCUUGUAUUGAGGUGUAUGUUGAUGAAGAAUGCUCAGAGUUGCCAUUAGUUCAAGUUACCAAGAACCCAAAAUCUUCCAUAUUGAAACUGAGGCAAGCAACUAGCCGAAACAUAAAGAAGGAAACAGAAAUGCUUAAAGCCAAUCCACUGCGCAAUUUUCCUCCGAGUAGUCUUAGAUAGUAUCCCCAGAAACCUACAGUUGCAUUUUCUUAUGGUGUGGGCUGGAUUUCUUUCCCCAGGCUAUAAAUUUGGCGUUGAUUGCGUUCAGAUGUGUGCUGCAAGUUUUAAACGGAGAUUUCCUGCAUUUGAACUACAUGAAUUAUUGUCUUUUCGUGUCCAAGCAGCUUUUUCCUCCAAAGCUUGCACUGAUGCUGUGGAAACAUAAGAAAUUUAUGUUGAACUCCAGAUAAGAAAUUUCUCGAUGAAGUGGUAUGUGGUGCUAGCUUAUGGAUCAAAUUGUCAUGACAGUGCUUGCGACGUAGUUGAAGUCUGUAGUUGAUGUGAGAAUUAAAUGUCGUGUGACAGUUUAUUAUCGCAUAUUGUAGCGGAUAAUUUUAUCAUCCCAUCGCAGAUGUUAUCCAUAAAAUGCGUCAUGUAAAUGUAUUGGAUUUCAGGAGUUUCACAUUUUCGAAGGAUAAA